AUGGACGGCGUCCCGAAGCCAGGCGCCGGGGGCGGGAAGCAGGCUGUGCCGCCAGUGCCGGCCGGCAGCAACGCCAUCGCCCGCGCAGCACGAGUGCCGCGGCGGGCGGCGUUUCCCGAGGACGCUGCGGCUGACUCGCCCGCAGAGGCAGCGGCGGGGGCAGGGAGCGGCGGCGAGGAGGACGACGACGUGCAGGUGGAGAGGUUCUACGCACUCCUGGACAACAUCCGGGCCAUGCGGGGUGCGUACGGCGCCGGCGAUGGGGACGGCGACGGCACUGGCGCGGACGGCGUCGAGGCGGGCAGCGGCUGGGCGAGGAAGCGCCUGCGGGCCGCGGACCCGCCGUGGAGGCCGGCGUUCAGGAUGGAGGACUUCGAGGAGCCCUCCCCAACGUCGUCGUCCCACGCCGCCGCGCGGCACGCCAAGAGGACGAACAGGCAGAGGCACAGGGAGUUCAUGAGCCACAAGCCCCCGACGUUUUCACGAUCUUCGGAUCCAUUAGAUGCUGAGGAUUGGCUGAAAACAGUGGAGAAGAUGCUGAAUAUCGCCCAGUGUACUGACAGGGAGAAGGUCCUGUAUGCUUCAGGACGCCUGGAAGGGCCAGCUGCUGAUUGGUGGGAUGCUUACACCGCCGCACAUGCCAAUGCUAAUGGCAUUACCUGGGAUGAGUUCAGGACUAGCUUCAGAAGUCAUCAUAUUCCUUCUGGGUUGAUGAAGCUUAAGAAGAAGGAGUUUCUUGCUCUCAAGCAGGGGAACAUGACAGUGGCAGAGUACAGGGACAAGUUUAUCCAGUUGUCCCGAUAUGCUCCCGAAGAUGUUGCUGAUGAUGAGCAGAAGCAGGAGCUAUUCUUGGAUGGGUUGAUUGGACCACUCCAAUAUCAGCUUAUGUCACACACCUUCCCCAGUUUCCAGAAGAUGCUAGACAAGGCGAUUGGCCUGGAACACAAGAGAAACGAGCUCGGGGAGAUGAAGAGGAAAUUCAAUUCCCAGUUGUCUUCAGGAAGCAACACCCGCCCUCGCUUUGCUCCACAGCAAGGGACGCCGUUCCGCGCAGGGGGCCCAAGUGGGAAUUUUGGGCAGCAGUCAUUCCCGCGCCCUGCUCAGCAGUCAUUCCAGCGCCCCAGCCCUCAGUUCCAGCGUCCAGGGAUGCAGACGCCGCGCCCCGGCUUUACGCAGAACCGCCAGAUGACCCCUACUGGCACUCCAGCAAGGCCCAAUGCUCCAGUGGGUCCUACUUGCUUCAAGUGUGGCGAGGUUGGUCAUUAUGCCAGCUCUUGUCCUAAGAGAGGUGGACCACAACCGAGGAACGGGAACCAGACCCCACAAGGCAAUCAGGGGCAGCAAAGCUUUGUUCGUGGCAAGGUGAACCACAUGGAAGCCGAGACUGCUAAAGAGGCUCCAGAUGUAGUGCUCGGUAUGUUCUUUGUCAACUCUGCCCCCGCAUCAGUUUUAUUUGACUCUGGAGCAUCGCAUUCUUUUGUCACUAGUCAUUAUGUAGCAAAACAUAAUUUAUCCAUGCAUACCAUGAGGCGCCAUAUGCUAGUAAGUUCACCUGGGGGGUCAAUGAAGGCUCAAUACAUCUGUCCACAAGUUAAACUGAGAAUAAUGGGUAUAGAGUUUCCGGCUGAUCUUAUCGUCCUUGAGUCCGGUGGAAUCGAUGUAAUUCUGGGAAUGAGAUGGUUAGCCGCUUUUGAUGCGACAAUUCAGUGUGCUAAGAGGACAGUUCUGCUCACAGGUCCUGAUGGAGAGAAAGUGGAGUUUGUAGCUACUCUACCCUCAGCGGCAGAUUGUGCAGUUGAUCAGUUGGCUGGAAAAUCCUUGGAAGAUAUCAAAGUGGUGUGUGACUAUCCGGAUGUGUUCCCCGACGAUUUACCAGGUAUGCCACCUGACCGCGACAUUGAAUUUGCUAUUGAUCUUUUACCUGGUACUGCACCUAUCUCCAAACGUCCUUAUAGAAUGUCGGUUGAACAAUUAAAAGAAUUGAAACAACAACUAGAGGAAUUAUCAGCAAAACAGUUUAUUCGGCCUAGUUCAUCACCAUGGGGAGCACCGGUUAUCUUUGUGCCAAAGAAGGACGGUACUCAGAGGAUGUGUGUGGAUUAUAGAGCACUGAACGAGGUGACCGUCAAGAACAAGUACCCGUUGCCUCGCAUUGAGGAUUUGUUCGAUCAGAUGAGAGGAGCCAAGGUAUUCUCCAAGAUUGAUUUGCGAUCGGGAUAUCAUCAGAUGAAGAUCAGGCCGUUUGACAUACCCAAGACCGCUUUUACUUCCAGAUAUGGUCUCUUCGAGUACACGGUAAUGUCGUUCGGGCUGACAAAUGCUCCAGCUUACUUCAUGUAUCUGAUGAAUAAGGUAUUUAUGGAGUACCUGGAUAAGUUCGUUGUGGUGUUCAUUGAUGAUAUUAUGAUUUACUCCAAGAGUGAGGAAGAACACGAGGAACACUUGAGGUUAGUGCUUCAGAAAUUGAGGGAACAUCAGUUGUAUGCUAAAUUCAGCAAGUGUGAGUUCUGGAUAAAGGAAGUCUCUUUCCUUGGUCAUAUCAUCUCCGAUGGUGGAAUUUCAGUGGAUCCAGGCAAGGUUAGGGAUGUCUUGAAGUGGAAUCCGCCGCAGACGGUAACUGAGAUCAGGAGUUUUCUCGGACUUGCAGGCUAUUACCGCAGAUUCAUUGAAGGAUUCUCCAAGAUAGUGAAGCCCCUCACUACGCUCCUAGAAAAAGGAAGGGAAUUCAAAUGGACAGAGGCAUGUCAGGCAAGUUUUGAGGAACUGAAGAAGAGGUUGACCACAGCUCCAGUAUUGGUAAUGCCAGAUCUACACAAAGGGUUCGACAUAUAUUGUGAUGCAUCUCGACAGGGUUUAGGCUGUGUUCUGAUGCAGGAAGGUCAUGUGAUCGCCUAUGCUUCCAGGCAAUUGAGGAAACAUGAGCAGAAUUAUCCGACUCAUGAUCUGGAGUUAGCCGCCGUGGUUCAUGCCUUGAAGAUUUGGAGACACUACAUUCUGGGGACUAAGUGUCAGAUCUAUACUGAUCACAAGAGUCUCAAAUACAUUUUCACUUAGAAGGACCUUAAUCUGAGACAGCGACGAUGGCUAGAGCUCAUCAAUGAUUAUGAUCUGGAGAUUCACUAUCAUCCUGGUAAGGCUAACCUGGUUGCAGAUGCUUUAAGUCGGAAGGGUCAUGUUAACUUAGCCUUAGCAUUCCAGCUACCUGACGAGUUGAUGAAAGAAUUUGAGAGGCUCAACUUGAGCGUCGUUGCGCAUACUGAGGGAGCAACGAUGGAAGUGGAGUCGACUCUAGAGCAAGAGAUACGGGCAGGACAGCUUGAGGAUGCCAAGGUCAAGGAAACUAAGGAGAUGGUAAAGGAAGGAAGAGCCACUGACUUCACGGAAGACUCUCAGGGAACCUUAUGGGUCAAAGGAAGGAUUUGGGUACCCGAUGUGGGAAAUCUCUGAGAGACGAUCUUGAAAGAAGCUCACGAUUCUGCUUAUUCCAUCCACCCCGGCAGUACCAAGAUGUAUCAAGAUCUUAAGCAGAAGUAUUGGUGGCCCGGAAUGAAGAAAGAUGUAGCUGCACAUGUAGCCAUAUGCGACAUAUGUCAAAAGGUCAAGGCUGAACAUCAGAGACCAGCUGGAUUACUUCAGCCAUUGAAGGUGCCAGAAUGGAAGUGGGAAGAAAUUGGGAUGGAUUUCAUUGUGGGCUUGCCUCGCACUCGAGAUGGGUAUGACUCUAUAUGGGUCGUAGUGGAUCGUUUGACCAAGGUAGCUCACUUCAUACCGGUAAGGACUACCUACACUGGAUCCAAGCUAGCAGAGUUGUAUAUGGCAAGGAUUGUGUGUUUACAUGGUGUGCCUAAGAAGAUUGUGUCUGAUCGAGGUACCCAGUUCACGUCACGCUUCUGGCAGAAAUUGCAUGAAUCUCUAGGCACAAGGUUGAAUUUCAGUUCUGCCUAUCACCCUCAGACAGAUGGACAGACCGAGAGAACAAAUCAAAUAUUGGAGGAUAUGUUAAGAGCAUGCGCAUUGAAGCAUGAAGGCAGUUGGGACAAGAGUCUACCUUAUGCAGAGUUCUCCUAUAAUAACAGUUAUCAAGCCAGUCUCAAAAUGUCACCAUUUGAGGCAUUGUAUGGUAGAAAGUGCCGAACACCCCUUUAUUGGAGUGAAACAGGAGAGAGUCAACUAUUCGGGCCAGAAAUUAUACAAGAGGCGGAAAGACAAGUCCAGAUCAUCCGGGAAAACUUGAGGACUGCUCAAUCUCGACAGAAGAGUUAUGCUGACACCAGGAGGAGAGAAUUGACCUUUGAGGUAGGUGAUUAUGUGUAUCUCAAGGUAUCGCCCAUCAGGGGUAUGCGCAGAUUCAAGGUCAAAGGGAAGCUAUCACCUCGAUUCAUCGGUCCGUUCAAGAUUCUUGAGCGAGUGGGACAAGUAGCCUAUCGAUUGGAGUUGCCUAAUCAGUUGUCGGAUGUACACGAUGUGUUCCAUAUCUCACAGCUUAAGAAGUGCCUCAGAGUUCCCGAGGAACAGUUGCCAAUGGAGGAAUUGGAUGUUCAGGAUGAUCUCACUUACACGGAGCACCCCAUUAAAAUUUUGGAUACUAUGGAAAGGGUUACAAGAAAUCGGAUGAUCAGAAUGUGCAAGGUUCAGUGGAGUCACCAUACAGAGGACGAAGCAACUUGGGAAAGAGAGGAUGAAUUGCAGAAGGAAUUUCCC